AUGGCUGCUCAGCGUUUCCGCCGCGCGCCUCAAAAUCCAUCGCUCAAAACGCCUAGGCCCAUCUUGUACCAAGAACCCUCUGGUAGGCAUUUGUCUCGUAGAUAUGAGUCCUCAAUGCGGCGCGAGGGAGAUAUUCGCAAAUCGAACGCCGAUAUCCAGGACUUUCAGGAUUCCACCUUUAUUUCGCACUCGGCUCUCAUUCCUGGCCAGCAACUAAAAGGAACUCCAGAUGAAGGGCCCUCAUCUGAGUCGCCAGUCCCGGCUUUCUUCCCCGAUACUAGUGGCCACUCAACUGAAGGUUUUGGGCCUCUAAGCAGACCAACUGAGAACGUCCUGCCUUCUAGCUUACUCUCUCAUUUUCAAGCCACAUCUCAUUCCAGUGUGCCGUCUCCAACGUUCUCUCCUCUUCCGCCCUUGUUAUCUGUGAUUUCCAGCUCAUCCAUGUCUGCCAUGGAUUCAAGUGUAUCUAUCCCAAGUCCACCGACGGAGGACCUCCCUACUGCCAACGCGCUGGACACAUCGACUCCACAUAGGGCCCUUUUACAAAAUAAACUGGCAACGCCAGUCAUCAUUCUGCUAGCUGUCGCCACAGGCUGUCUUUUUCUUGGUGCUUGCAUCAUCACCAAAAGCUGUACGGCUCGUAGUCGUCGGAGAAGGUUGAAGCCAUUACUCCCCGUAUUGGAAAAAGCAUACCCUGACGAGGACGAUUUCGAAUGCAAGGGGUCGUCCAUCUUUGGCGGGAAAGAGCAGUUUUCACCGGCGCCCGGAAGGACCAGUACGGAGUGGUCAUGGGUCCAGUACCCGAUCCCAAGCUCACAGCCUUCGGCACAGGCUACCAUCCACGAUGCUCGGAACCAAGGGAACUAUGAACAAGCUUUUACUAAUUCUGUGCCCCGUGAUCCUGCCGCCCAAUACCCCUUCAGCAGCACUGGUUGUACACAUCAAUUCCCAACCGAUCCAGAGCCAAUGGCACAAGAAAGUCAGCAUGCAGUCACUCGUUCUACCGAGAGCGAACCUAUGGUCACCGUCGCGAAGCAUUCCGCUCAAACACCUGUGGGCACUGGUGGACUUCCCCUCGACGCUGCUGUGCAAGGACCUGUAUCAACCACGGACAGUCAAGACGUUAUCGAACGCAUGCGCCGAAGUAACAGUCAAAAUCAUGAACAAAAGCGUCGAAGUUCUGGUGUCGGCUCAAUCAUUGCUUAUGAUGGCGCUGACGUAUCCUCGCCUAUUUUUGAGGCAACUUUUCAACCUCUCGCAACUCCCGUGCUAAGCGCGAUGCCUGUUGUAGCACAGGAAGGCCGUGCAAGAGUACAAUCCUCCUACUUUGUAAACCGCCCGUUCACUCGUUUCUCCGUACUUCCCGAAACAUACGCAAUCGGCACAGCGACAAAGGUCAAUCUUACUCAUGCCCACGCCCAUUCAAUUGAAAAUGAGGUGAACCUGACAACCCAGAUGUCGGAUGACCAACGAGAACGCCAGACCGAAGCACUCACACAUGCCUUGGGCUUACCUUCCCCAAGAUGUGAAUAUGUGGUCUGCUCCCCGCAACCUUCGUUAUACCCCGAUGAUUCGACGCCGCACACUAGAGACUCCUCGGGUCCAAGCUCAGGUAGCAUCGUGACAAUGGAGUCGGGUUCUAGUCUUUUGGGGUCGAGCAACCAAUCAUUUGACACUUUGGAAAAACUCUCAGGUGUUCUGGAGAAUGAAGGCACGCGCAAGACCAAAAGGUUGAAGAAAAAGACUGGUCGCCGUGAUAGUGACAAGCCUCCACGGGUCCCUUCACCCCCGCCCCUUCCCUCCUUGACACAGAUGGGCCUUGAACACGCGAACCCGGAAGCCUAUUCAAACUAUAGAAGCCCAACGUACAGCAUAUAUGGGUUGUACGACGGCGAGCGGAAGAGUGGAAUAGGUUAUUGA